CGCGUUGCGACCAACAAUCAUGGCGGCGACCCACGAGAAUUCCAGUGUUGUCUUACAAGGGAUAGCCAGACAUGUGAAUUGUUUGGGUGAAGAAAACAGAAACACCAGAAAGAAUGCUUUGCUUGGAAUACAGAAGGACACUGUCAAACGACGACCACCUCUUGAUUCUCCAGACUUGCAGCUUGUAUUCUCUGAAAUUAUGAAACCCCUUCUCAAAGCUUUUUCAGAUCCAGUGGAGAAGUGUCGAGAACUUUCCGUUGAGAUGGUAUUAUCGUUUAUGAGAAAUGUUCCAACUUGUGAAAGUUAUUUGUCUUAUAUCUUCCCUGUUCUUGUGCAAAGGCUUGGUCAGCAAGAAAUCAGUGAGCCAUCUGAAGAAAUUCGACUGUUGCUUAUUGAACUUGUGAUGUUAAUGGUCAAGUCCUCCAGUGCUAACAUUGGUGUUUAUGUUGAUGAUUGUGUGAGGAUACUGCAAAGAACAAUAGUUGACCCUUUUCCUGAAGUGAGAAAAGAAAGCUGUAAAUGUGCAUCACUGCUAGCUAAAUCUUCACCUCAAUAUUUCUACAUGCAGUCUGAGAGUCUCGUCAAGCCCCUUCUCCUGACUCUUUCCCACCAGCAUUCCAAAGUCAGAACAAUUGUCGUUGAAACAAUAGGUACGGUUUUGCAAUUUGGCAACGGAAAGUCUGUUGAUGAUGCAUACUCUCACUUGGCUCAGCGCCUGUUUGAUCAGACACCAGCAGUCCGUAAAGCAGUCACCAAAGUUGUAGGAGGGUGGCUGCUUGAUCUUCCUGACCGCUAUUCAUACCAUCACAAACUCAUUCCUCUGCUUUUGACGAGUCUGUCUGAUGAACAGAGGGACAUCAAGGAGUUGGCUGACAGUUUAUGGCAUGACAUAGGUUUGAAAUAUGAACGGGAAAAUGAAGAUGAUUUCAAGGACAAGCUCGACUUUCAGGCACUUCCGCCAAAACACUACCCCCCUGGAGUGGAAAGACCCAAUUUGGGAUGCAGAGUGCUGGUGAAUCGCCAUUUGUCCAAAAUCUUGCCUGGUCUUGUAAAAGACAUUUGUGACUGGGUUGGAGAAACCCGCAUCAAGUCGGCCUCUCUUCUCUACUGGCUUCUGAUCAAUGCAGAGGAGUACACAACACAGCACAUUGAGAUUUUACUGAAUGGUCUUUACAAAGCAAGUCUGGACGACGAGACGAGAGUUGUUCUGGAUGUUCAAAGGUCGGCAGAACUGGUGGGCUAUUUCGUCAAGCCGGAGAUCUGGAAGAAGGUUCUCCUAGUCUCUCUGCGUCAAUCGCUAUCCUCCGGAGUGGUCAUGACUCUGGCAUCUAUCGUCAAAGGUUGUACUCAUGACCUUUUGCUGCCUCACCAACAAGACCUGGUGGAGUCCAUUCUCAACCCGGAUAUUUGUCACACUGUGGAGGCCAAAAUGCAUGUUCAGAUUUUGAAAUUUUGUGAGGCAAUGUUGUCAGUCAUGAAGGAGGAUGUCAAAGAUGUUGGUCAACAGAUAUUUAAUAUGCUCAUCAACACCAUCGGGAUGGCAAAGGAAGAUAACAUCAGACAAAAUGCUAAUGAGCUGUUGGAUGCCCUGGCUAAAGUUCAAGGCUUACGAGACAAGACAGAUUUGUUUGAAGCCCACACGAAGCCACUCCUUGAUUCCUUUGGUGAUGGCAUCAACAUGUGGACAAACUUCUCUCCUGAGAGGAUGGUCUUCGAUGCUCUCUUGAUAGAAGCUGGUCCGGUGGUCGGCAAACAUUUAGAUGACAUCAUCCCCAUCAUUGUGAUCAACCUGCACCCGGACAAGGACGCCGAGCUAAGGCUCAAGGUUUUCUCUCUCCUGUCCCGCUUGAUUAUGGCUGCCCCGACCACUCUCGACUCGGAGCACCACUUUGCUGAAUUUGCAGUCACUGUGCUGACCGAUGUGAUCCUUCCCAACUGUGUGUGGUCUGCUGGGCGGACGGCGGGUGCCAUUCGUACGACGGCUGUCUCUUGCUUGUGGGCCCUGCUGCAGAGUGGGGCGCUUACUAAAGAGAAGAUGGAGCCAGUGAUCGAGUCUGUGAUUACCCAGGUGAUUUCUCUGCUGGAGGAUGACAACACCAGUACACGUUUACUGGGCUGCAGGGUCAUGACCCGGAUCUUUGACCUCAUGGGGUCAUCGCUGAGUAUGGACAGGCUGCACAACAUGUACCCAGAACUGCUCAAGAGGCUUGAUGACAGCAGUGAUGAAAUCCGACUGAUGAUGACCAAGACCCUCCUGGCGUACCUGGACUGCUUUGAGGGUGGCUACGAUGUCAGUCUGUACCGGGCGCACCUGGAGGCCAUCUACAGGGGGCUGCUAGUACACCUGGACGACCCUGAGGGCAAGAUACAGGAAGCAGUACUAGCGGUUCUGAAGAGAGCAUCGGAGCUGGCACCAGAGAUGCUGAUCCGGGAGGUUGAGAGUGUGAAACAUAAGCACCGCAGCACUACAUAUUGUGACAAGCUCAUAGAGCACGCUAGCAACUGCAGGAAGGAGGCUUAGUCCCACGUGCUCUUUGUUCAUGGCUUCGAAAUGUGCCCAUGUUCAUUAUGAAAUGAACAGUAUGUUUUUCAAAGUCCAAUAUUGUCCUGAAAAUGCUGAACGUCUUUUGAAAAAAUACAAUUGAAAACGAAAUUUUUGGUGCUCAUUUUGAUAAUUCGAAAAUAAUUUCAGUUUCAGAUGAGACUAUUCCACCAGAGGAAUCUUAUGUAUUGGUUAUAAGUACCAUUAUAAUGGGACUAGGGAGUUGUGUUCUUAGGAAAAAUUCUGUGAUUUGAUGUUGGGGUGAUUUGUUAUGAUUACUUAAUUUUAAAAUUAAGUACUUGACUUCAGCAAGUGAUUUCUGUAAUAGCUUUAGAAACUGAAUGCAAAUGGACAUAUAUACGGACAUAAUGUGCGGUUGAUGCUGAAUGAUAGCUGUCUUUGUACAUAAAGAAAAAUGAAUUUUUAUCGUGUGUUUUAAAUUUGACAGCAUUUGGAAGACUGUUUCAUGCUUUGUUUCUCAUCAUCUGUAGCAGUAUAACAAUUCCGUCCAUAUUUAGUUUUGCAAAUGUAUUCAUGUGUGUUUAAAAAAAUAUUUUGGUAUGCUUUGGACAUUCCUUACAUUUGAAGUUGUCAAAUUUUAUUGCUUUGCCUUGGUAAAUAAAUCAUUUUAAUAGUUUC